UGUUGUCUAUCUCAUUGACAGCCGAUAAGGUGUAAAUAAAUAUACUUAGAAUGGGGCAUUGGUAAGAGAGGAAGGAUUGGAAAGCCAUCAUAAGUAUGUGUGUUUAAUAGUGUUUGGUCUUGGGUGUUUAUAAGAGCUUCACUAGUUUUAUACUUCAUAAUAAACUAAGCAGUACUAUAGAAUGCGAACAAAGAUGGAACCAGUGAUUUUAGCUUGUACAAGGGUUUGGUUGAUAAUUAUUAGUUGUUUAGUAUUUAGUAUUGCUGGUGAUAUUGGAGUGAUGAGUAGUAGUAGUAGUACUGUUGCUGAAGCUACUGCUGGACUACUCUCUUAUCAGUAUUAUGAGACAUCAUGUCCUCAAGUUGAAAGCAUUGUUGCGGAUAAACUUACUCCCAUUUUACUCUCGGAUCCUGCUUCAUCUGCUGCUCUUUUGAGACUCUUGUUCCAUGAUUGCCAAGUUCAGGGUUGUGAUGCAUCCAUUCUUCUCGAUUCCGAUACCUCGGAGAUGGGUUCAAGAAAGAAUUUUGCAAUCCAUAACAGAGAAACCAUAGGGAUAAUAAAAACCGCGGUGGACUCAGUUUGCCCUGGAACAGUCUCUUGUUCAGAUAUUUUGGUAUUAGCAGCUCGAGAUGCGGUGGCUAUGUCUGGUGGACCAGAAAUGAAGGUUCUAUUAGGAAGGAAGGACUCCAAUACCAGUAAUCAUACAUUUGCGGAUGCUUCUCUUCCUGCUGCAAAUGCCGGAGUUAGUGAAAUAUUAAGUAUUUUCACUAAAAGAGGAAUGACGGUCGAAGAAUCCGUUGUCAUUUUAGGUUCUCAUACUCUUGGAGUCUCUCACUGUGUUAACAUUAUGGACCGUUUCAGCAGACAGAUAAUCGGUGCAAAUCGAACCCCGUUUGAAACGCUGCUAGAAGUACGCUGUGCAUUUGGAGCUUCAAUCUCAAACAGUGGUACCGUGGGGAAUGAUGUUACGAUAACUAAGUUUGAUAACCAGUACUACAAAGACACGAUUAGAGGCCGAGGAUUACUGAAGAUCGAUUCAGAUAUGUCUACGGAUCCACGAACAGCUCCUAUCGUGGAAAGGUUUGCACAAAAUCAAAACGAGUUCUUUAAGGAGUUCACAGCCGCAUUCUUGAAACUCACUUCUGCUAACGUUUUAACUGGUCAUCAAGGUCUUGUUCGCACUAAAUGUAAUGCGGUAAAUUAACUAGUAUUAUUGUACGAUGGAUAAUUGUCAUCAAAUCUCUUUUUUUCCAGAAGGCGUUAGGUUAAAAUUCUUAAUAUGCCACAUGUCGAUUUAUUUUAUGCAUGGAGCAGUAAACUUAUAAAUUGAUCACGGAAGGCACACACAUGUAGCCCGUUGUUUUUUGAUUGAAAUUUUUGACGAAAAUUACAAUAUGUAUUUUGGCUAGGG